AUGGCAGCUCCUCAAGGUCAAAAGAAGCUUUCAAAGCUUCAAAUGCGCAUUCAAGCCGGACAAUCCUCUACCCUCAAUAAACUCAGUACCACACCAUCAAUACCAUCCACAACGAAUGAGUCGAAUCCGAAUCCGAAUGUGAAUCUUCCAAACUCAUCAGCUCGAAUCGAAACACCUGAACCUCUUCUCUUUGAACCUUUUUCGUUUCCUACUACUACUACUACUACUACUACUAGUUUAUAUUUAUCACCUUCAGAUUUUUCGAAUACUUUACCACCUUUUGAACCACCUUUGAAUUCAUUGAGAUGUUUUAUGAUCGCUAGUUCUCAAAGGUUUUAUCAACCUGUUAGAUCUGAUGCGUUUUUGAAUUCUAGUCCUGAUGAUAGAGUGAUGAACUCUCGAAAAGGAACUGCUUUAGGUGUCACUCAUUGA